CACUGCCGGGUGCCGACGUCCUCACGCUCAGUUAACCAUCUGCCCACGCCAGGAUGCAGAGAAAUGUUUCCGCCUGUUUGCCAUCACCGCUUUGUUGACUGCUGGUGGAUGUAGAGGAUUGGGUUUCAAGUUCCGUCUUCUUACUGUGCGAUAUUAAGGUGUGAUUAUUUUUAUUUGUUUAACCUCUUCCUCCUUUGGGAAGCGCCUGGUGAUCAUUUUGUGGCCACGCGCUGUAAUGCGAACAGAAGGGGCUCGCGGACACCGGGACUGAGCGGCGGAGAUCUCGCGGACACCUUGCGCGUCUUUCUUGGACACAUCUCGGAGAUAAACUGCGCUUUGGCUUUUUCUCAGCCUGCGCGUCUUUUUUUGGCUUUGAGAUGUCCGAAAGAAAUACACUGCUGCUGGAAAAGCAGGCUAAAAACGGAACGUCAAAAUAUAUGUUGGAGAGAUGCGCUUCUGUUAACGAUUAUUAUGAUAUUGCCUUCAAGGUGAUGCUGCUGGGAGACUCGUCCGUGGGGAAGACGUGUGUCUUGGUGCGCUUUAAAGACGGGGCAUUUCUGGGAGGCAACUUUAUAGCCACCGUUGGAAUAGACUUUAGGAAUAAAGUGGUGGAUGUCGACAACCUGAAAGUCAAACUCCAGAUCUGGGAUACAGCGGGCCAAGAGAGAUUCCGAAGCGUAACGCACGCCUACUACAGAGAUGCCCAGGCGUUACUUCUGCUUUAUGAUAUCACCAGUAAGAUGUCGUUUGACAAUAUCAGGGCUUGGCUGACUGAAAUUCACGAGUAUGCCCAGAAGGAUGUGGUCAUCAUGUUGCUCGGCAACAAGGCAGACGUUGCUGCAGAGAGGGUCGUGAAGACGGAGGACGGAGAGAGGCUGGCGAAGGAAUAUGGUGUACCAUUUAUGGAGACCAGUGCGAAGACAGGAGUCAAUGUGGAGCUGGCCUUUCUCGCUAUAGCAAAGGAGCUGAAGCACAGAGCCACCCAGCAGCAGAAUGAGCCCAAGUUCCAGAUACACGACUACAUCGAGGCUCAGAAGCACAAGUCGAGCUGCUGUGGCCACAUGUAGCUGACACUGAUCUCCAGGCAGAGACACACACAGAGAGAGAAGGAGGGGGAGGAAGGGAAGGAGUUGGAUCGAGGUAAAAAUAAAAAUAAAGUCUGCUCUCUUACAUAAAAGCCAAUCCCAGCACCAAACCUGAGAAGCGGACGACCUCGUCUCCACCACUGGGCUUUAAGCUCCAAUGGAAAGUGAAUCUGGAUUGGCAGCCAUCCCUUAUCUGAAAUGUGAAUUUGAAACUCUUUGUAGGUCAUUUGUAGAAAUGUGUGUGGUCUUUGUAGUGACAGUUGUAUCAAAUUACAAGUCAGGAGUUGCAAUCAAAAAUGCAAUAUCUCCAGGGACACGGAAAAAACAUAAUUAUCUUUCUAUUCUAAAUAGCUGCAAACACAUCAUUUGUCGUUUUGGAUGAAAACUAUGGCACUCUUGUGAUUGAUGUAGAUCUGAAGAGUUUAUUAUUUGGUUAGAGGACACAUUUAGGGAAACUACUCCCUUUAAUUUGACAUUGAGUUUCAGUGCAAAAUAUUCAAACAUGAAGAGCACUGCAGCACGGUUUUCGGCAGGCCUAGGUGUUGUGUUUACUGCCAAACAAUGGAAAUAGAUCCUAGCGUUUCUUGGCUCUUGCAAAUUCUAUUGCAACUGGCUGGGGUCAAGAUGCGAGUCAAGUGUGCUGCAGGAAUAAGUCCGAAACCCAUUAAAUUAGUUAGCGUUUUUGCAAUACGUUUUUUUUUUUUUUGCUAAUUAUUCCUACUUAACUUUUGCAACUCGUAGAUUCAUCAAUGAAUCACGCUGAAAGGAAAAGCUUUUGUAAUGCAGAUAAGGAUUUCUGAUGUUGAGAUCAUGCAACCCUGGUGUAGUUGCAGCUUUUCACUGCUUGCAAUUGCAUUUAUGUUUCAAAAAUCAUAACAGCUAUGUUCUUUGUGAACAUUACCUUGCUGAACAAAAAAAAAAACGUUUGUUGGCCAGCGUUCCUACAAAAAUACUUCACCCCUGCAGCACAGCAGAGAAUAAGCCCGGGAGGCGUCUGUUAACUUUUUGAGUUUUAUUUGUUCUAGCAGCAGACACUGAAAAACGGAGUUCGAUCAAAUUCUCACAAGUGCUACAUUUUUCCUCCUGCAGUCUCCAGAGCCUGACUCAUGAUUAAUGGCAGUUUUAUCCAAACAAUCAAUACAACUGUUGGUGUGGAUAUCGCAUUUUGCCCUGCAGCUCUUAGUUUGUUUCCAUCUCUGUUUUACCAGGCUGUGAACUGAACCCCUUUUGGCCUUACAGUCUUACCCUUUGAUAAAUCAGCGUGUUUGAGAAGUGGACGUCAGUCUCACAGUCAGAUUGUAGCUCAAAUGAUCCUGUCUGUUCACAUCUGUAUUGCUGUUAGGUAGAAUAAAGCCACUUUUUGAGGGCGCUCGCCCGCUGUGUGUUUGUCUGUACAUUCAAUUCAGGGCCAGUGACACUUAAUUUAAAGUACUGUUCAUGUAAAUGUGCUGGUUGAGCAACCCACUGACGUCACACCAGGCUUCAUACAAAGAGAUAAUUAUCAUUACUUUCUCAUCUUUUGGUUAGAGAUACCUUCGCAUGCUAUUUACAUUUUAACCAUCUGCAAACACAGACAUGCUCGCAGAACUCCCAGAACAUUGAUGUGUCUCCUCUAACGAUGGAUGUUGUUGUGUAGACUGUACCCAAACUGUAUUUGUUCACGCUCCACAUUUUGUAACUUGUUUCUUUGUACAAUGUUCAUUAUGAAUGUUUGCUUGUGGAAUUUAGCUGGCUGUCACAUUCGUCCCUCUUCUGAGGCGUCACAGUGAUCACAAAGUGCCAUGAAAAAGUGCUUUGUUAUCAUAUUAGAUAUAUAAAAAAAAGUAUAUUUUGUAAUGUA